GGUUAGUUACUAGAGUUUAACGAAGGUGGUUGUUUGAGUGGUAAUUUUAGUCCUACUUUGGAUUGGUUGACUUGGGGUGUAUGUCAAAGGAGUUUGAAAAGAGAAACUUUAUAUACCAUUCAAAAAGAGAUGGCCUUGUUCCAAACUGCCAAGAUACGGUUGCCUGGGAAGUGUUGGAAGGGCACAAUGAAGCUGCAAAGACACCAGCUCGUAUGGGCUGCAAACUUUCGCGGCAGAUCUCUGAUUCAUUGCAACUGAAACUCGAAUUGGUCGCAGCUGUAACAAGUAUGGAAAAACACACAAAGUUUCACCCCACAAUUUUGACGGCAGGAGAAACCCUGCCUGAAGGAUGCGCUUGCAGCAGGACAAGGUUUCUCCUUCAUUCCACAGUGUGGGCCGUCAAGGUUGAUCAGGAGGUCAUCAAAAAGAAAAACAGAUCAUCUCCAAAAACAUGCGAUUGUGACCUAUUUCGGAGGAGGGUAUGACUUGCAGAUUUCGGUGGAUUACUGUAAGCUGCCCAUUUGGUGUCCAUUUUUUCUUAGUACUACGCAUCUCAUCAAGGACUGCAGAGGCAUCCGCUCAACAAAAGGGUCACCAGAGGAAGUUGAAGGAGCAACAUCCAAAGACGAUUGUGAAUUUCCAAACAUAAAUAUGGUUCCCGUGCUCACAUCGCCCUCAUUAUAUGCUCCGCAUGUUAGUCUCCCCUCUCCUCCAUUGUUAGAUGGGUACAACCCGAUUAUCAUGGUAGAUUCUUUGGGAUUGUCAUCAACCUGCCUCAAAAGCAAGUCAAGACCUUCCAACCAAGGUACUGAUAGAUAUGGCAACCAUUACUCUAAUGGCGAAUUGCGACUUAUGCCAAAGUACAAAUGGAAUGGCUGGAAGAAGGUCUAUCGACGUUAGAAAGCUACACGAGGAGGGCCCUCUAUGAGCCAAGAACAAGACUGAUUUCCUUGAUCACCAACCAACAAUGCAAGUGGGGCAUGGAAGGCAACGGAGACAAAAUGAGGCGCAAGUGAUCUAUAGCUCCCAUCCCCUGACAGGCCAGGAUAUAAGUCAUUAUCCCGUCAUAUAGGCAGUAUAGAGGACAUGUCAAUUGCCUUCUCCUCGAACCUUCAUAUUAAUACAAGUAGGCAAUUCACUCCACGGUCUGGAGCCUCUACACUGCAAACACUGGCUAGAGCUGUAGAUGGCAUUUCAAAACAACUAUAUUUCCAAUUCUAUCA